AUGGCUGAACCAACAAGUAACAAGCAAUGCUUGGAUCCAGAGCUUCGCCAGGCUCUUGAUGACUUGAAAACCGCUGUCCAUUCGGCGAAUUGCUGUCUAACCACUUCUCGCUUUCUGGAGUCGUUUCCAAACCUCAGUUCCCAACACCCGGAGAUCCAGAGAGCCGUUGAAAAGGUGGCUCGAUUUUCGCAGGAUCAAGAAGACAACGCUACCCAGGCCGUAAAGAAAGCGCGAACGAAAUUCGAAGCUCUGUCUCCUGAACACCAACACGGCUUGAUGCAGUACUACGGGGAAGACCUCAAUUUCUACCUCGAGAUCGCCAUUCCUCCGGACCUGUCGCAUAGUCCUUCAGCUCCUUUAAAGGAAUUUCAGGUUUUGUUGUUUGACAUUGAAAAUCUCCACCGUGCACUCGCCCGUGUACGUGGAAUGGAAGCGAACAUCACCAAUGUCUUUUACAGGCUACCGUCCAUCCAACGACUGCGGCGGGAAAAUCGGGAUGAGGAACUGCGGCUAUUAGAAUUACGCAGCUCUACUGAGAUUCAACUGCGUAGGAAAUUCUUUGCUUUGGAUCGGCAGCAACAGGAUAUGCUCUGGUUAUGGUACCAAGAUUCUAUGGGGAUCAGUGGGAUCCAGAGGGAUGACAAUGCGGAAUACCCCUACUCGGCUGGGAGCUGA